CGUUCAUUGGUUAGAACGGAUAGGCAGCUUGUGUUUGUUGGUGAGCUGGGCAAAGAAAGGCAUUGCCGCGGGUGUUCAGAAUGGACGGACAAGAGGGGGACAUUGUCAUAAACAAGAAGUUCGUAACAGAAUCGGAAUUAGAGGAAAUACGAAAGAAAAGGCAGGAAGAAUGGGAGAAAGUGCGGAAGCCGGAAGACCCAGAAGAGUGUCCAGAGGAAGUAUACGACCCGCGCUCUUUAUAUGAGAAGCUUCAGGAACAGAAAGAGAAGAAACAACAGGAAUAUGAAGAACAGUUUAAAUUCAAAAAUAUGGUCCGGGGUUUGGAUGAGGAGGAAUCUAACUUUCUUGAUGAAGUUUCAAGGAAACAGGAGUUGCUGGAAAAACAAAGGAGGGAGGAAGAGAAGAAGGAGUUAAAUGAAUUUAGAAAUGCACAGACAAUAGCUGCCACAUCCACAGAGCAUAAGAAGAAGGAUGCGGAGAAGAAGCCGCUGACAAAACCCCUGGACAACAAGAAUAAGUUUUCUCAGUCAAAGUUACUGGCGGGGGCCGUUCGACACAAGAGUAAUUCUGAAAGCUCUGGAGCAAAGAAAUUAAAGCUUGAUCAGGAACAUGAGAAGUUAAUAGAGACCCAUUCUAGCUCUGUUGGAAGCUCCUAUACCGCCGGUUCCCGAGUCCAUUGUCCUCCAGCCUCCGUCUGUAUUGGAAUCUUACCGGGCCUAGGCGCCUAUUCAGGAAGCAGUGACUCCGAGUCCAGCUCCGACAGCGAAGCCACUAUCAACAACAUGGGAAAGAUUGUCUCCUCCGUUUUCCGCUCAGGCACUUUCCUUGAUGCACCUUAAAGCAGGAAACAUUGGUCUCCGUAAUCCCAGCAGUGAGAUGUAGAACAUGGACACAUUCUCAGUGCACAAACUGCGUAGUGCUCAGACAUCAUGCAUUUUUAAGUUUAAGAGUUGUCCCAUCUUGAAAUGUUAUUUAAAUAUAAUUCAGCAUGAAAACAAAUUAUUUUAGUAAUUUACUUUCUGUUACUAAAAUGCUCUAGUUGCAAAAUAUUCCCUUUACUUCAUUAUAAUAGUGCCCCCUGGUGUUCAGUCUGUAUAAUAACGCGCACAUUCGCCUAUUGAGCUGGAUGAACAUGGUUGCACAUGUUCAGUUCCAUCCUUCAACUGCCACCAGACAGAUCUACUGCUAGUAGCGGGCAAUUACAGUAAGAAAGGACACGCCCCUGAGGAGCAGCAGAAAAGAGAAUCUGGCUGAGCAAGGCAGGUGUCAGGUCUUUUUUUUUUUUUUUCCCUUUCUGGAGCUUUCUGCUUGGAUUGGUUUUUUUUUUUGGUUUUUGUUGCAGCUUUUUUUUAAGAGGGAAAAAAAAAACGCUACUUCCGGAUGAUUUGACAUGACAUGCGUUUUUUGAGGGUCAGUGCCGUGGUUUUUUGACGUAUGUUUUCUGGCAUUUUUGUUCCAUAGUCAUGCAUUGAAUUUUUCCCCAAAAAAAUUUGUGUGCGUCUUUGUUUUUGCAACAGCAUAUGUUUCCCAUCCUGCAUGUUAUUUUGCAAAAAAAAAAAUGGAUGCACUUUUUGGCCGACCACCAAUCCCGCUGCAGCGCCCCCUCCCCCCCCCCGCUUUUCCCUGUCAAAAACAGUGUGGCUGCACCUCAACUGCAACAGUAAACAAAGAGAUCUCGGGACCCAUGUUAGGUACAGGGCUGGUUCUAGCAUUGUUAGGAAGAGAUUGUCAUUUACUAUAUGAUGUCUGAUCUUCAUUUAACAGCUUAUUAAAUAAUUUAAAGUUGGUUAA